AGUUUCCGGAAGUUUAAACAGUGUUCAAAGACACGUAUUAAUAUUCCACAGAAAGAGAACAAAAACUAAGUCACGUGCUUUACCUGCAGAGGAUUCUCACAACACCUGAAAUACCAACAGACUGCAGGAAUGAGGAACCUCCUACCCCGCAGUGUGUGUCUCUCUGUGUGUGUGCGUGUGUCGUGUGUGUGUGAGUAUGUGUGAGCAAGGUGGAUGGGGUUAAAGGGACCAGAUAAAGGAAGUAAUACAUUGUUUAUUCCCGGUUUUUGAGUUUCUCCUGCAGUCAUGAGUAAGAUGAGCUGCAGCCCGGACUGGAUGUCCUCUCUCCCGGAGGAGCUGUGGGACACGCCGCUCACGGAGCUCGCCAUACCGGGGAGCCAUGAUGCGAUGAGUUACUGCCUCGACAUCAACUCUCCGCUGGUCCCGUCCGAGUCCGACUGCUUCAGGAUCCUCGACGGACUGUUCUACUGUUUCACCAGACCCACCAUCUUCAAAUGGGCCACAACACAGGACAAAAGCAUCGAGGAGCAGCUCUCCAUGGGGAUCCGAUACUUCGAUCUCCGCGUUGCACACAAACUAAAAGACCCCUCCAGCGACCUUUACUUCACGCACAUCAUUUACACUCAUCUAACCGUCCUGGAAACGCUGUCCUCUGUUGCCCUGUGGCUGAACUCUCACCCGAAGGAGGUCGUUAUUCUCGCCUGCAGCCACUUUGAGGGAAUCAGCGACGAACUGCACCAGUCUUUUAUCUUCUCCUUGAAGAAGAUGUUCGGGUCGAAGCUCUGCCCCCACGAGGUUUGUGUGGCCCCCACACUGCGCAGCCUCUGGGCCGCGGGGCAGCAGGUCAUCCUCUCCUACGACUCCCAGCAUCCAUUGCGGCAUCCGGAGCUUUGGCCGGACAUCCCGUACUGGUGGGCCAACCAGCACACAGCGAAGGAGGUCAUCAGUUACCUUGACUGGAACAAAGAGCAGGGCCGCCCAGCCUGCUCCUCCUCUCCUGAGGGAGGCAGUCCCAUGAGGGCAGAGCGCUGA